GUUUUCAUUGACUUAAAAGUGAACAUGGUUUUUCCAUUGCUUAUAAACCAAGAACAUCCACAUGAAGUUUUGCUCAUAUAGAAUAUAUCUUGUACAGAAAUAGGAAAUAGAAUAUGAGGAAGAUGAGUAUGGUUUUAUUUGCUUACUCGCUCUUACUAAUCAUCUUCCCAUCCUAUGGUUAUGCAGCUAUAAAUACAUCAAGCCCUUUGUCAAUAGGACAAACUCUGAGCUCCCCUGGUGGGUUUUUUGAGUUAGGCUUCUUCAGUCCUAACAAUACCAGUAAUGUGUAUGUUGGGAUCUGGUUCAAGGAAAUUGUUCCUCGGGUCGUUGUGUGGGUGGCUAACAGAGAUAAACCACUUACAAACUCUGCAGCAAAUCUCACCAUCAGCGGUAACGGGAGCCUGGUCUUGCUUGGUGGGAAACAAGAAGUUAUUUGGUCAACAGGAGAGGCUUUCACAUCCAACAAGUGUCAUGCCGAGCUUCAGGACUCCGGAAAUCUUGUUGUUAUUGAUGAUGUUUCAAGAACAACUAUAUGGCAAAGCUUCGAGAAUCUUGGUGAUACUAUGGUGCCUCAGUCAUCAUUGAUGUAUGAUCUUUCCAGUGGCAAGAAGCGCGUGUUGACUUCGUGGAAAAGUGACAGCGAUCCAUCUCCUGGGGGCUUCUCACUGGAGAUUACACCACAAGUCCCCUUGCAAGGCAUUAUAAGACGAGGCUCAAUGCCUUACUGGAGAACUGGUCCAUGGGCAAAAACAAGAUUCACUGGGUUUCCACAGUUUGAUGAAUCAUAUGUGAGUCCAUUCAGCGUUGUCCAGGAUUUAGCAACUGGUGCAGGAUCUUUCUCUUAUUCAAUUUUAAGAAACUUCAAUCUAUCGUAUAUUACUCUAACACCAGAGGGGGAAAUGAAGAUUUACUGGGAUCAAGGCAAAAGAUGGAUGCAUCACGUUACAGAACCAGAACACUCAUGUGAUAUAUACGGUGCUUGUGGGCCUUUUGGUUUGUGUGUGAGAUCCAGUACCCCGAAGUGUAUAUGCGUGAAAGGAUUUGUACCAAAGUCAGAUGAGGAGUGGAGAAAAAGCAACUGGACGAGUGGGUGUGUGAGACGUAAACAGUUAUCUUGCCAGGCAAACUCUACUCUGAAAACGCAAGGCAAAGAUACAGACGUUUUUUAUCGUAUGAACAAUGUAAAGACUCCGGAUAUGCACCAAUUUGUAAGUUUUCUCGACGCAGAAAUGUGCUACCAGGGUUGUCUAGGCAACUGUUCUUGCACAGCCGUUGCCUAUAUAAGUGGAAUUGGAUGCUUAGUAUGGAAUGGGAAGCUAUUAGACACAGUUCAGUUUUUGUCUAAUGGAGAAACUCUCUACCUCCGUCUUGCACGUUCGGAAUUGACUGGAAGCAGUCGAACCAAGAUUCUAGUAGGUUCUAUUGCAAGCCUUUCCAUUAUUGCCAUCUUGGUCUUUACAGCAUUUAUGUUCUGGAGAUACAGAGGGAAACAAAAUGAUGCAUGGAAGAAUGAGUUCGAGCCACAAGAUAUAUUAGGCGUUAAUUUCUUUCAGAUGCAUACCAUACGAACUGCCACCAAUAACUUCAGUUCCUCAAACAAACUUGGUCAAGGUGGAUUUGGUCCAGUGUACAAGGGAAACCUGCUAGAUGGGAAGGAAAUAGCCGUUAAACGCCUUUCUAGUAGCUCUGGUCAGGGUACAGAGGAGUUCAUGAAUGAAAUAACAUUAAUCUCAAAACUGCAACAUAGAAACUUGGUUCGUCUUUUGGGAUACUGCAUAGAAAGGGAAGAGAAGCUAUUGAUUUAUGAGUUUAUGGUGAACAAAAGCCUUGAUAUCUUUCUCUUUGAUUCAACUCUAAAGCUUGAGAUUGAUUGGCCAAAGAGAUUCGACAUCAUUCAAGGUAUUGCGCGUGGACUUCUCUAUCUCCACCGUGACUCACGCCUUAGGGUCAUUCACAGAGAUCUGAAGGUUAGCAAUAUUCUUCUGGAUCAGGAGAUGAACCCAAAAAUAUCAGAUUUUGGAUUGGCUCGGUUGUUUCAGGGAACACAAUUUCAGUACAGCACUCAAAGGGUUGCAGGAACUUUGGGAUAUAUGUCUCCUGAGUAUGCAUGGGCAGGGUUAUUCUCUGAGAAGUCUGACAUCUAUAGCUUCGGAGUUCUGAUGUUGGAAAUCAUCAGCGGAGAGAAGAUUUCAAGGUUCACCUUUGGUGAUGAGCGAAAAGGUCUUGUUGCAUAUGCUUGGGAAUCUUGGUGCGAGUCCGGGGGAUGUAAUCUUCUGGAUAAAGAUCUUAGUCAUUCGUGCAACGCAUAUGAAGUUGCCAGAUGUGUUCAAGUUGGUCUUCUCUGUGUCCAACACGAAGCUGCAGACAGACCAAACACUCUUCAAGUAAUGUCUAUGAUUACUUCAACAACAGAUCUUCCAAUUCCAAAGCAGCCAAUAUUUGCGGUGCAAGCUCAAAAUGUUGAAAGUUCUAACGAUGGGUCAACGUCUAAAGAUCUUUUUUCUGUCAAUGACUUGACACACUCUGGGAUCCAAGGACGAUAAGCUCUUAUCAUAUAUGCUUCAGUCUAUCGAUUCAUGAGCCUAAGAUUUUGAGAUCUCACAUUUUGUUAUUGUUAACACACAGUGCUUUGGUGAAUAAUGUUAUUAAUUGGGCAUCACAAUGAUAUAGUGAGCAUUUGUUUUGUUGAUGUCAUCUUCUCUUACAUGGAAAAUGUAAUAUAUUUCGGUUAUUUGGUGUGAAUGGAGAGAUUGUGAUUUUUAGAGGCCAUGUGGUCUAUGAGUUACAAAGAAACUCUAACAUCAGAGAGAUCGUUGAAGAUUAUUUGGAAACCGAACAUAAGUAUUGUUC